AUGAUCUCCUUUGUACUAUUUUCACUUGUUUCCAGUACAUUUAGGCCAGAUCAUGAAGUUGUAAUGAGCACGGUAGCACCAUGGGAUGAAAGUCCUUUGUUUGACCACGUGUUAUUUUUCAUGACCGAUUUUUCAAAGGAAUUUGCGACAUCAUUUUUGAAAGAAAUCAUUCUAAACCAUGACCAAAUCAAUAACGAAACAUAUAUUUGGAAUACUGCGUAUAAAAUCUUACCAUCGUAUCAUCAUGCUUAUUUGAAGUCACAAAUUGAGCUUGGCUUUUAUACACUACGCGGAGAAAUGUAUCGCGAAAUGGCACGUACAAAAGGCGGCUCAAAUUUCCCAGAUUUAAUAGUAAUUGGUAAAAAACUCGAUACAAAAGAAAUAUCAUGCCAUUAUUUACCAUCUGAUGAGAUUGAUGUACAGCCUUUCGAACUUCAAUACGGUGUACCUCAGUCAAUUGUCUAUGCAAACAUUCUAAACAAAGAAGUUGCAAAUUUUGUUCUUAACCUGAUCGAAACAAAUAUUCCAUUUUCACUUCGUCCAACAUCAAAGACAGGCAAAUUUGGAGUUCACCUUCGCGGUUUCGGAGUUGAAAUGCGUCCAUUUAAAUAUUCUAUGGAAUAUGGUGUCAAAGAUUCAAUUAUUCUCGAAUCAAAGAAUGAAGUUCAUCUUCAUAAAGACGAAACUACAGAAAACAUCAGCGGAAUUCCAGAAUCUUUCUACGAUAUUCAAAACGAACAAUAUUUUAGCGAAAAAUUUACAUCAUGGGUCGAAAAACAUAACGACACAGAUUUAGUAAGACUCAUGCGUGACUUUUCAAACAAUUACCCUCUUUACAUUAAUGAAAUUCUCAAAACAAACGUAACAAAUACUUCAAUUAAAGAUUUGGAUAGACUUUACAGCCUUAGAUACAACGGAAGGAUGGUUUCUUCUAUUAAUGGCCGCGUUGUCGAACCAAAUAAUUUGGAUAUAUUUUCACUUAUCGAUAUCAUCAAUAAAGAACGUACAUCACGUCAAAUACUUAGAGAUGAGUUCAAAUUAAACAAAACUCAGCUCAACAAAGUCUUCAAAUCCCGAAAGAUCGACAUUUCGGUUGUUUUCUUUGAUACAAGGUCAAAAUACGUACAAUGGUAUGACAAUGUUACUGAAGAUCCAAGAUUCGAAAAUUACAAUGACGAUUUUGAGAUUUUCUACGGUCCAUUAUAUCAAAUGCCAAGAGUUCGUCGUGCUCUUGCUCAGUAUGUUUCCUUUGUUGAUCCAACAACAUUUGGCGGGUUCUACCAGCUCUAUUGGGGCUCAAAUCUCGUUGAAGACGGAUUUCCAGUUAAUUUCGGAAUUGUUCCUUCAUUUAACCUCGGAAACAAGGUCUCCAGACGCGUUGCAUUCGCCUUCUACCACCUUGCAAGGAAUGUCAACAGUUCUGAGGCAAUUCAGUUCCUUAUUGACUCUUUCCUCAUUGCCGGCAUCGAUAAAAAGACUAAUUAUGCCAACAUGGCAACACUAGCAACAUACAGUGCUGCAUACAAGCUCCAUUGCAACUCAAAAUGUCUGAAAUGGUCCAAAUUGCAUAAAUUGUAUGCAGGAUCACCAGAAUUAGACAUGAUUUUAGAGACAAACAAGUACAUUUCUGAUACACAAGUCCAGAUUCCAUCGAAUUUCAUGAAUGGAAAGGAUAUUGAAACAAAAUCAGGCAUGCAAUCGAUCCAUUACCAUGCUCAGAUGCAAAUUACGGAGAUUGGACGCAUGAUUGCACAGUUUGGAAUCAAAGAAACUGAUCCUUUCGAUUCAUUAGAUUUAAUUUCGAGGAAUUUCUUCUUAGCGAAGACUUUAGACAACAAAGUCUUGAACUACAACCCAGUAUCCCUCAAGAUAUCCUCAUUAACAUAUGAUAGACAACUUGAAUUCCUCAAAUUCAUUUCAAACACGAAAUGGGAUCAUAUUGAUGAAGGCAAGAUCAACAACUACUACUUCCUGUUCUGUAACGAAUCUGUUAAUACCUCCACUUUCUUUUCAUUUGCCAAAAAGAACAGAUUCAACAAAUCCAAGUUCAAAGUCAAUCCAGAAAUUCCACAUUCCCUUCAAUCCAUAUUCCCACAAGACAGAACAACAUGUACAUUAGUUGUUAACGGCCGUAUCUACAGCGAUAUCGAUCCAAACAACGAAGAAUUCCUUCAGUUAGUUGAUGAUUGGAACACUUAUUUUGUUAUGGACCAAAUUUAUCCACUUAGUUCAAACAUCAGUUGUAAUUUCAGCGAAUUCAACUGUUAUUUAUCAUCAUUGUAUAUUGAUUGGAUGUCUGAUGACAUUGUUCGUCGUUUCCAAUCCGACGACAUGUUCAAUAUCAACAACAGUUUGAUAUACAAGACAAAAGAAUCAUCAACUGACAUUGUUUGGGAAUUAUUAAUUGAUCCAACAAAAAGAAGUUUCCAACGAAUUUCUUCUAUAAUUAAUUACGUUGAGAAACAUGAUCUCGCACGUAUCCAUCUAUGUAUUCUUCCUCCUUUGGAACUCAAUGAAUCAUUCACGACAUUGACAACAUAUUACAGGAAUACAUUGGAUUGUGAUUACGCUGUAUUCAGUUUUCUCAAUGAUACAACGACAUAUUCAGCAAUGCCUGAUAUGCCGAUGUCAUGGGUAUAUGAAUCAAUGCGUGCUUCUACUGAUUUAGAUAAUAUUUUAUUAUCUGAAUUAACUACACAUUCACAAGAAGGUGUUUAUGUUGUAACAAAUCUUCUUGUUGAAGGAAUGUGUCUAACAACACAACAAGACACAGCUAGUGGUACAGAACUGCAACUAACAAAUGAAAUGAAUGAAAGAGAAAGCGAUACAAUUGUUAUGCAGAAUGGUUAUUACCAAUUACAAGGAAAACCAGGUAUAUGGAAUAUAGAACUUGGUGGUUCUAGAUCUGCAUCAAUUUUCGAACUUUCUAAAUCACAAGUUGUCAUUGAUUCAUUUGUAAGUCCAAUGAAAAUAAUUAAAGUUAAGUAUUUGCCAGGAAAAGAAGGAAUGGAAGUGAAUAACGUAAGUAGCAGUGAUAACUAUAAAACAACAGAUCGUGUGGAUGUUUUCAGUGUUGCUAGUGGUCAUUUGUACGAAAGACUUCUUAAGAUCAUGAUGCUUUCUGUAAGAAAACAAUCAACACAUAAUGUCAAAUUCUGGAUUGUUAAGAAUUUCCUUUCUCCAACAUUCAAAGCGACAUUGCCAAUUAUGUCUUCUAAAUAUAAUUUCUCGUAUCAGUUGGUUUCAUAUAAAUGGCCAACGUGGUUACGUCCACAAUACGAGAAACAAAGAAUCAUUUGGGGUAAUAAGAUUUUGUUCUUAGAUACAAUUUUCCCGCUUGAUUUAGAACGUGUUAUUUAUAUUGAUUCGGAUCAAAUUGUUAGAACUGAUUUGAAUGAAUUAAUGAGAAUGGACUUCCACGGUGCUCCUUACGCGUUCACGCCAAUGUGUAACUCAAGAAAUGAAACAGAACCAUUCAGAUUCUGGAAACAAGGAUAUUGGCUUGAAUAUCUUCAAGGAAAACCUUAUCAUAUUUCUGCUUUGUUUGCUGUUGAUCUUGUUAGAUAUCGCGAUCUUUCUGCUGGUGAUCAACUUAGAUUCCAUUAUCAACAGCUUUCUGCUGAUCAUGGAUCUCUUUCUAACCUCGAUCAGGAUCUUCCGAACUACGCACAACAUACAAUACCUAUUUUCUCUCUCCCACAAGAGUGGCUGUGGUGCGAAACAUGGUGUUCUGAUGAAACAAUGUCAACUGCAAAGACAAUUGAUUUGUGCAACAACCCACUCACACACGCACCUAAGUUACGCAUUGCUCAGACACGAAUUGAAGAGUGGCCUGGCUUUGAUUCUUUAGCACGUAACAUCAGUGCAAGCCCAGAUGACUAUCAAUAUCAAUUCUUUAAGAAUGGAAUAUAA